CACGAAACGUUCCUUAACACGGAUCCAGCCCAGUGCGAGGAGAAGAGACGUUACAUCCUGCAGUCCUGGUAGUAGCUGAAAAUUUGACGAUAUAGAAAAGUAAAACAGCACAAUUUAUCAGUAGAGGCAUAUCUGUACUCUUUAUGAGUUUGUGAAAGUAUUGCACCCUGUCAUCACCAUCUCCAGGAUCCAUGUCUUUUUUGCGUUGGGUGUCAGAGAAACUCAGUGUGGAAAGCCUGAGGGAUCUGGAGUUCUUUGGAGAGCAAACUCAGGCAAGCCCACUAAGGAAAGCCCAUGAGGACAGUCAAGAGUCUCUGAGCCCUGUCCCACGCAGAGACACCAUGGGAAGCUUUCUUCCAGACCACAGCGCCUAUGAGCUGCGCACUGUCAUAGGCCGAGGUUUGGAGAACUUGAUGACAGUGAAUCUGGCCAGGUGCAAACCCACAGGGGAGUAUGUGGCCAUCCGGCGCAUUGACCUGGAUUCCUGCACCAAUGACAUGGUCAAUUACUUACAGGGAGAACUCCAUGUGUCUAAGCUGUUCCACCACCCCUGUAUCCUCCCGUACAAGAGCGUCUUCAUCGCUGAGAAUGAACUGUGGGUGAUCACACCCUUAAUGGCAUACGGAUCAGCACGAGACUUGCUCAGUAUACAUUUUACUGAUGGUUUGAGUGAGCAGACAAUUGCCUACAUCCUGCUGGGUGUGCUGAGAGCGCUGGAGUACAUCCAUCUGAUGGGCUACGUUCACCGUAGUGUGAAGGCAAGCCACAUCCUGAUUUCAGCAGAUGGACAGGUGUAUCUGUCCGGUCUUCGGAGUAUCUUCAGCCUGAUCCGUCACGGUCAGAGAGCACGUGUUGUACACGACUUUCCUCAGUACAGUGUUAAAGUACUACCUUGGCUCAGUCCAGAGGUUCUGCAGCAAAAUCUUCAGGGAUAUGACUUCCGCUCAGACAUUUACAGUUUGGGCAUCACUGCAUGUGAGCUAGCUAAUGGACACGUGCCCUUCAAAGACAUGCCUGCUACACAGAUGUUGUUAGAAAAGUUGAACGGUACAGUCCCCUGCCUGCUGGACACCACCACCAUUCCCCCUGAAGAACUGAGCAUGAAACCGUCUCGCUCUGGGGCCGACUCUGGGAUCUGCGAGGGCCCCGGCGCCGGUGGAGCUCGCCACACAAAUGGAGAACCUUCUUCCUCCUCCGGUGGAAACCCGUACAGCAGAACAUUCAGCUCUCACUUUCAUGCCUUCGUGGAACUUUGUCUACAGAGAGAUCCUGAGAAAAGACCUUCUGCCAGCUCUCUGAUUGGCCAUUCCUUCUUCAAACAGAUAAAGCGCAGAUCAUCUGAGGCUCUUCCUGAGCUUCUGCGUCCAGUUUCUCCAAUCAGCAGCUUAGACUGCAUGCAGCCUCAGGAUUCGCCCACUGGACUGGCCAGUCUGGAGUCUGAUCUCAGCCAGCUGAAUGUGGAUGACUGGGACUUUUGACAUUAAACGGAUGAGAAAUGAAGAGAUGAUGGACUGGAUGAUUUUGAGGGUGCUGUUGUUUUGGUUGUGUUCUAAGGGAGAAAAAGGGAAGGCUGGUGCUAUGUGAAUGUGAGCUUCAAAGAUGUUACAAGAGACCCUGGAAUGUUUAUUGUCAUCUUUUGUGAUUUGUAUAUAUCACUGAAACCACAAGGAUAGACUAUAAACAGAGAAAUGAAAAAACCAGCAGCCGUCAUAGCCUUGCUAAUGCAUUCAGAAGCAUGAACUGAAGCAAACUCUUACAGACUGGCCAUGUGACAAUGGUAAUCAAUUCAGGCUACCAAAACCUGAACUAAUGACACUCUGAAUGUCUACCAGCUUACAGCAACACAGGUGAAUUCCCAUGUCUCCUACAUAUUUGUCCAGUGAAGCAUAAAGUGCUGUCAGUAAAGUCAACCUAAGCACAGCAGUAUUCAAAAUACAGAUGGAUUGUGGGGAUUAAAACUAUCAACGAGUUUCUUCCUCCAACAGAAAUAUGCUAGAGGACAAGAUUUAGUUCUGGUCUGCUCUCCGGUGUAGUUAUUACUUUUAAAAUAUUAGUUGCAUUUCUGCUGAGAUUCACUUCUGUUUUUGGCAUAUGUUACAGGAGGAAGUGCUUCAAAGGACCGUCUUUGUAUUUUCAGUAUAUUUACCUCUUGGUGAAAUGGAAUAAAUGUUGUAGCUGAACAAAUGUCAA